AUGGGUGGGGGCGGAAAGGCCUCGACCCUUCCGGCUCAUUUACAGGACAGAAUCGAUGCCAUUGAGACCAACCAACGAGAUACGGAUGCACAGGCAUUCCAAAAAGCCGUGGAGAGGCGCGCACGCGUGUCGUUCUCGGUGGCCAUUGCCGGGUUUGGCGUGCUCAUGUUCCUCUUAUCCGCCUACCUGCUUUGCACGAGCGGCAUUGGAGAUCCUGAGCUUACUGCAGAGUUUCAUUCAAAGACUGAUCCUAACUGUUACACCUGGCCGAUGGUAGCCUUUUCGACAGCCUUUGGUCUCAACUUUAUAACUCUCCUCUUCGAACGUGAGAGCGCCAAAUUCCAGCUGGCCCUGCUCGCCUGCUACAUCAACUUCCUUGCCGGUUUCAACGACUAUCUGUCAUGGCGCGGUUACUCUCCGAUCGUGCGCGACUCAUGGGGCCAGGGUUUCCAGCUGCUGCGCACGGUUAUGUGGUUGCUCACCACACCAGCAAUGGUUUACCUCCUCAGCAUCAUUUCGGACUUCAGCCGCAUCAAGGUGUACUCGGUAAUGUUGGCCGACGUGUUGAUGAUCUCCUUCGGUAUUCUGGCCUUCCUGGCGUUCAACAAAUAUCUCUCCAUCCUGCUCUACCUCGUCGCGUGGGUUUUCUUCUCCUACGUCGUCUACAGCAUGUGGACCAUGUUCCAUGCGUCUAUAGCUGAAGCCAGACACGACAGCAGCCGAGUUAGUCUUGAGGUUCUGCGGCUGUUUGCUGUGGGCCUGUGGUUCACUUUCCCCGGCAUAUGGAUCAUCGUCAAACUCGGAUUGGUGGACGUGCAUACGGAGGAGUGGAUGUGGUGCGCGUGCGACUUCCUGGGCAAGGUCAUGUUCAGCUCCUCGCUGUUACACGGCAACUUCCUCACCAUUGAGCAGCGCCGUCUCAUCGCCAUGCGUAUCGUGGAGGAAGGGAACAGGAUUCAGGUCAUUCAGGAGCUCAAGGACCUCGUGGAGCAGAAGGAGCGGUUCAUGUCCUCCAUGAGCCACGAGCUGCGCACCCCCCUCAACGGCAUCAUCGGGCUGUCGGACGCGCUGUUGGUGGGGUCCUGCGGGGAGAUCAACGACCAGGCUCUGAAGACCAUCACCACCAUCAAGACGAGCGGAGCCCGGCUGCUGAAUCUCAUUAACGACAUCCUGGAUGCGGCAUCCAUGCGCAAGGGCAAGCUGACGAUCAAGCAUGAGAAGGUGAACCUGAAGCGCGUGGUGGACGACGUGAUCGACCUGUGUCAGCCUCUGGCCAAGAGGGGCGUCAAAUUGGUGAACGACCUGAGGGAGAAUGUGCCCUUCGUGCUUGGCGAUACGGGUCGUAUCAUCCAGGUGUUCCACAACCUGAUCGGGAACAGUUGCAAGUUCACCCACAACGGCUUCAUCUCCAUCGCCGCCAGCGUCAAAGAUGACGAGGUGGAGGUGGCGGUGUCGGAUACGGGUAUUGGCAUACCCGAGGACAAGUUUGACCAGAUCUUCCUGGCCUUUGAGCAGGUGGAUAUGUCCGUAACCCGCAAGUACGGCGGUACGGGCCUGGGUUUGAACCUCGUGAAGCAGCUGGUGGAGGCGCACGGGGGCCGUAUCAGCGUCAAAUCCAAGGAGGGUCAGGGUACCACAUUCUUCUUCACCCUCAAGAUCCACUCGAGCGCGGAGCACCCAAACGAGGGGCAGCCACAGGGGACGCCGACUGAGGCUGUGGCUGGCCCUGCAGAGCACUCUCAGUUGGCAGCCAUCCGCGGCACCGCCGCAGCACCCGGGGGCGGGGGGGGACACGGACACGGCCCGCCGCGCCGCGCCCCCUCGCGCCGCGGCUCCUUCACGGACAAGAUGUUGGGCGCCAAGAAGACACCGUCGGAGGCCGGGAAGAGCUCACUGGCUCCCGGGGGCCAGAACGCCGGGGCGCACGGGCAACCAGGCGGGGCGGCUCGUGCCGCAGCAGCGGCGGCGGCGGCGCCUUCGGCUUCGCCGCAGUCGGGUGAGGGCCAUGGCGGCCCGGCGGGAGGCGCAGGCGGUAUCCCGGGCGGCUCUGACGCCGCUGCAGCUGCCACUGCUGCUACUGGGGUACCCGGUUCCGGAGCGGGGGUGGUUCGCCGAGUGAGCCGGGAGACCGGGGGACCUGGCGGCGGGGGUGCGCCGGCGGCUGGCAGGAGUGUGACGGCGGGGCCUCAGGUUAGCGGCCCUAUGAGUCUCAACGACGCGGCCGCGCUGAUGAAGGGCGCCCUGAAGCGGCGCAGCUCGUUCCGCGAGAAGGGCGACAAGGUGCGGGUGCUGUCGGUGGAUGACGACCCGGUCAACCAGCUGGUCAUCCAGAACCUUCUCGCUCCGGUGGGGUACGAGAUACUGCAGGCCAUGGACGGUCAGGAGGCGCUCCAGGUGCUGAAGAGCGAGGAACGGCUUCCGGAUGUCAUUUUGUUGGACGUGAUGAUGCCCGGCAUGAGCGGGUACGAGGUGUGCCGCAAGCUCCGGGAGAUGUACCCCCUCAGCUGCAUUCCCGUCAUCAUGAUAUCGGCCAAGUCGAAGGAGGAACACAUUGUGGAGGGGCUGGCGGCGGGAUCCAACGACUAUGUGGAGAUUCUGGCUCGCAUCGCGGCGCACCUGCGUUUCCGCGACACGGUGUACCAGGCCGGGGAGAUGGCUGGGGCGCUGCCCGGGGAGGUGCUGCCGGGUCGGCUGCUGCUGAAGGGGGGCACGGGCGGGGCGCUCGACCUGGCGCCCUUCCUCACCGGCCCCGCACGGUUCACCUCCCUGCCCGCCCGCAUAGCCCGGGGCAUUGAGUCGGGGACAACUUCCACGACUAUGCAGAUGUUCGACCAGCUCACACUGCUCCAAGUGGGUAUCCCCAACCUCGCCACCCUCCUGGCCAACGUGCCCGCCAGCGAGCUGCUGGUGGCCCUGGCGGCGCUGUUCCACGACCUGGACACGCUGCUGGAACAGCACGGGUGCUACCUGCUGGAGGGACUGGACGAGCAGAUGACCAUUGUCAGCGGUCUUGACAAUGUGGGUGACCAGGUGCUCCAUGCGCUGGGUCUGGCUCGGUCGCUGCUGGCGGCAGCAGACACCACCGCCCUGGGCAGCAAGAAGCUCAAGCUCUGCAUCUCCAUCGGCAUACACACGGGCCCGGCGCAGGCCAAUGCGGGCUUCCUGGUGGAUAUCGCCUCCGUCUCCCCGGAGGCUAAGGACUCCGGGUCCUUCGUGUCGGCAGGAGUGGCCAUGCCCGCAAUCGCCUCCGCGAACGGUGGAAGACCAGCCGCAGCGGGUGGGGCCGACGGCGGCGGUGGCGGUGGCGGUGGAGGCGACGCCGCGGCUGCUGCCGCCGCCGCGGCUGAGAUUGCCAAGCUAAAGAAGGAUUACGAGUCGUUGGAGAAGCAGCUAGAGGAAGUCUCAAAUGAGGCGGCACGACUGCAGCCGUAUGGGUGCAUGUGCCGUGUGCCUCUGUAUGACUUAGAUUACACUGUGGGCUGCGAGAGCCGGGGGUCGAAGCCGAAACACAGCGCAAGGGUCGGGAGCACACAGCACAAGUCGGUUUCGGAGCUGGAGUGUCAGUUGGAGGAGGCGGCUCGUGAACGUGGCGGGCUGGAGGCGGCGUUGGCGGAGAUGGAGCAGCGGCUUGUUGCCACUCACGCGGCGCUGGCUUCUGCCAACCAUGAGCGCCCAGGUGCUCAGUCACUACUACUACUAGUCCAGGACUACUACUAG